AAAGCGGGAGAAGGCGGCGGCGCCGGGGAAGGGAGGCAGAGCCCGCGGUCUGGGCUGGAGGAGUCGGGCCUUCGCGGCUGCCCGGGGAGCGCAGGCGGAGCAGGUGGGGCGGCGGCGGCCCAGCACAAGGCGGCGGCCGGCCCCGGAGGGUCGCGACGCAGGCGCUGCGGAUUGGAAGCAGCGCGCCGGGGAAAGAGGGGCUUCGCUGCAACAGGAACAGACCCGGAAGACGCUCCGCGGCCCCCUCACCGGCGGACGCCUGGUUCCCCGCUUCUGCAGGAGCCAGGGCAUACGCGUUCUCCGGCUCUUCACGCGUAUAAAAUCUCGGAAAGACUUUGGCUCUGAUUUGGAUUUGCAUUUCUUGUUCCUGGCAUUUCAAACUGCUGCACCACCCAUCAGUCUGCUUACUUUUCCAACCUUCUUUAGAAAUGGAGCGCGCUCCCUUUUUCCCCGUCUAGACAGCAGACGCUAUUAGCCUCUGAGCUUUUAACUCGGAUUUGCGCGGAAUUUACCUCAGUGCAACUAGGCACGUUGAUGUGCCGUCGCGAAUCCAGUCUGUGCAAUACGCCCAGCAGGACUUUUCCGAAUUGCAUAUUAUUUUGAUCCAUGAUUUGCUAAGCACUCCUGUAUUUAAAAUUGCACCAACCCCCCCAUUUGGCACAGGAUUAUAAAACUGUCUCUUCACUCACUUCUGUAACACGCUGCUUUUCUCUUUUUAACCGGAUUGCAGGGAGCUCCUGCUGCACUAGUCUGGGUUUCCCAUUUUGAGUACAGCAACCGGAUUAACGCAGCAAAUUGCUGAAGCUGUUUUCUGGUUUACAGAGCGAUGUUGCCAGGAUCUAUCCAAAUCUCUGGGGAGACUUUAUCCAGUGCAGAGAUUCGGGAUAUUUGUGAGAGCCUGCGGGAGAACUCCAUCAAACUGCUUUCACUCCGUGGUUGUCAACUUUCUGAUCGAGAUUUCGGUCGUAUCUGCAGGGGGGUAGCAGAGUCUCAUUCCUUGGCUCAACUUAAUCUUAACUUGGGAAUUGUUUCCAAUAUCAGUCGGGUCAAGCAAUUGGCUGAAGCCCUGAAGACAAACCGCUCUGUCCAAUCUUUGUUCCUUCAUGGGAGUCCCCUGACAGAUGCUGGUCUGGCCAUCCUCAACCCAGCACUAUCCAUCCAUCCCUCACUUGUGGCCUUGGAUUUGGGGGACUGCAUGCUGGGAGAUGAAGGUAUCAACUUGAUUUGUGGGCUUCUUCCUCCUGAUGGGGCCAAGUCGGGUAAGGAAGAGAGGAUAUGUCAUCUUUUGCAGCUGUAUUUUUGGACUUGCUCACACCAACGCAUUCUUUUUCAUUUAGGAGAGUGGGAGUAGGG